AUGGAGGAAUUCAUCAUCGCCAGUCAUAUAACCUCGAUAACCAAGUAUCCACCGUCGACAGUCUCCAUCCAGACAGCACGUCAGCAUCUUCCUCUGCCCCAGACACCGUUCAACUCGAUUCCCACAGAACAUGCAAUAUUCGCCUCCACCCUCGAUCAUGAAACUACUGGUACCAUCCUCCUUCGCGUCAUUCACGGAGGACUCAUAGUCGAACUCAUCUCACUUUCAAACUCUGUACCGCCCUUGCGACUCGUAUUCCCGUCCCUCGUGUUGGACUGUCCAGCUGUUUUCCUCUGGGACGAGGCCGAGGUACAUGUUCUGGCUGUCACAGAGUCGGGGUCGUUGUACAGGGUGGUGAUUCCUAUUCGUGGUCGGGAUUUGUGGCAAAACGAAGUGGAUAAUGUAUGGCCACGCGAGUAUUUUAUUCGAGGCUUCCCAGAGCAGGUCGAAGGAACACUGGUUCAAGUUCAAGGGCCGCAUUGUGUUGCGAUCUCCCUCAAGAAUGGCUCGCUUUUGCGCCUCGAGGCGGAUACGUUGGGGUAUGGCAGCCGUGACGAGGAAUGGACGGAAAGCCUUUUUCACCAUGCAUCCUUCCUUUCGUCAUUUGCGUCUUUCAUCCCCACUCUUCACUCCCCCCAGCCCAAUUCCGCCGAUAUAAUUUCAAUAGCAACGCAUCCAUGGCCUUCCGACAUUGGUCACGUCUGGACACUCUCCAGAGAUAGGACGUUGCGACUGUGGAAGGCCAAGUUGGGCUGUGUCGCCUCCAAAACCCUGCCGUACAUCGCCCAUUCCCUCGAACACUCGCGAGCGUCAAGCGUUUCCGGUGGCCACGUAACCCACAGAAGUCAUCCACUCCUCGACGAAGCUCGACAAAAUCUCAUCAAGGCCUUCUCGUUCAACCAGCGCGUAUAUGUCCUCGCGUUCAUCCCUUCACAAGCGUCUCUGACAUCUGGCGGGUUCUUCUGUGUCAUCGACUCGAGCAACGACCAAUUGCGCGACAUCGGUGUUAUUGAAUGCUCCAAACGCACGGUCCAUUGUCAUUUACAAGACUUUAUUAUCCACAGCACAGUGCCCCGUCCCGGACAAAUGGACCAAGACCACCUCUCGCUUUUCGCCCUUUGGGAAAGCCAAGGUCACUCCAGCGUCGAAAAACUGGAAUUGAACCUCGAGAGUUUUGAGGACCCGGAGCGCCAACCUCAUAUUUGGAGUUCGGCUGUAUACGCGCACGAACCCGAACUGACGCCCGCGUACAUGGAGGAGAAGCUGCUUACACCUGGGUCGCUUGCCGAGAAGUUCCUCGAAAACAUCUUCAAACCGGGAAUGUUUUCAAGCCUAUCCCUUCGCACUGCCCUCGACCAAUACACCGACGCCUGUCUUUCUCUCCCCGGACCCCCUCCACCGCAAUUAAUGGUAACCUACUCGACCCUUUGUGAAAACGUUGCGUCGGUCGUUGGAUGCACCGUCAUCCUGAACCGCGACCCUCAAUCUGGCGCAUUCCAGUACUCGAAUUAUUGGACAGCUUUGAAGCGAGACUGGGAAGGCUUUGUAGCAAGGUGUAGGGAAGUUGAGCGAAGUGCAAGACGGCCCCUCUCCAUAAGCACUCGGUACGAUGGUCGGGUGAUCGUCAUGGAACGGGAACGAGCAGCCGUACUGGUUGUCGAAGACAUGCCCAUAUAUCUCCACCGGCUCAUUCUCAACGACCAUCAAAUCCACGACCCCGACCUUGACAUACUCGCCGUGGCCAGUUCCCUUCGACAGAAGAUUGGUCCAGAAAUCAUGGCAGCCGUGGAGAGCAAGGUCAUUGACUUGCUUCACCAAGAAGUCGCAUUCUCUUUGGUGGACGUGUUACUCGAUUUGGAACAUUCACUCGAGUUCAAGAAUUCUCUCGACGAGGGAUCAGUCAGUUGGUUCCAGGGCAGGUUGCAGCGGAUAGGUGACCUCGAUAAGGCUACGAGGUCCGCCAUUGAUACCAUCGGCGCUCUUGACUUCUCCGCAAAGAGGGAGGAAGACGAUGAGAACGAUAUCAUCGCGUUUCCCCACAAAGUACAAUCGGACUGGGCUCGGAACCUCACGGCGGCAUAUGCGACCACGGCAGUCGAAGCCCGAUAUGAACUCUCGCUGUCCUUGAUUACCCUGCUGCUCUUCCUUUCGGACACCCUCUCUGCCUGGGAUGUCUCACUCGUUGGCGAGGUGUUUGCAAUCUUCAAGGGUGCGGCCAUGUUGCGAUAUGUUGCCGCACGGCCUGCGGAAAGAUCGGCCCUCAAAGGCGAUGAGUCUACCGGCUCCCUGGAAGAUGACAUCCUGUCUCGACUUAAAAACAUGGACGUAACGCAUAGUCGAGCACACUUAUCGCCCCCGACCUCCCUUCUCAACAUCCUCCUGGCCGACACCGCCGUUACGGGCGAUGUCCCUGUCGUUGCCCACAAUUUCCUGGACGCCUCUGGGCUUCUCCAGUCUGUAUCUCCCGCCAAUGCCACCAACUUCGAAGUCAUCCUGUGCGAGCGACUUCGAAUUCUCAAGUUCUAUGAUGCCUCUCGAGAACUCCUCAGCUACCUCCCCAGAACCGCCGCAGUCAGCUUUGUCCUUGCACAGAUAUGGCUCCAGAUUGGUCGCUUUGAUGACGCCGCCCAGUUGUUCGGAAAACUAGCUGGAAGCUUUGGCACGGAGAGUGGUCUGUCACCUGAAGACGCCGAGGCACUCAUUCAAGUCCUACCCGCCUCCCAUACCAUUGGAUCCGACUUCGACUACUACGUCCACAUUUCGGAUCUUUUCAAACGACACAACCUUGUUCGAUACGAAGUCCACUUCGCUGAACUCGCGAUUUCCGUUGCUCCUGCCGGAACGGAGGUGUCAAGCCUCUGGUUAAUCGUUGCCAAGGGCUACGCAAGUCUUGGUUUGUACGAAGAAGCAUAUGCUGCGCUCAUGGCAAUGCCCUCGGAGAAACAAAAGCGGGACUUUGCCAGCCAGUUGGCCCUUCAGAUGUGCGAGGAGGACGCCGUGGCCAAGUUGAUGACGUUUGACUUCGCUGGAAUCUCGGACGAAGUGGAAUCCAUCCUUUCGUUCAAGGCAAGGAAUGUGGACCCCAGAAUUCCACCCAAUUACUCAAGAAUCCUCUACACCUGGUAUAUCCAACGAGGGGAGUAUCGCAACGCCGCCUUAGCAAUGUAUCAACGGGCGCUCAAGCUGCAGGAAAUUAUUACCAACGCGAACUUGUUCGUGGAACUCGGCGAAGAGCAAUUGGAUGCAUAUUCAAUAGCGAUUAAUGCCCUGUCCUUGGUCGAGGAAAGCUCCCAAUGGAUCAUUCUUCCAAUCGUCUCUGACUCGAACAAGAGGAGGAAAGCUACUUCGAAACACAUCCCUGAAUCGCAGUUCAUCUCAUCAAAAUAUGGUGCUAGCAUCGUGCACCUCGGGGACAUGCGACGCAACUACACCCUUCUGUCUGCUCAGAUCGACCUCAUCAAACGGGAACCCACAAUCCUUGCUUCACCAGAGUUCUUGCUGCCACCUCCGGUCAUCGUCAUGCGUUUGGUGCACAGCAACCUUCUGAACCAGGCUCUAAAUGUCGCCAGCGGCCUAAAGGUUGACAUGACUGAUCUCUUUAUCUCGUUGACCACCCAGUGCAUACGAUUGUCCCGAGCCUCGCAUCACCAAAUUGAACCCAUUGAGACUGAUUGGUUGCUCACUGACAACGCUUCGACGUGGACUGGCACACCGGCGGAUCGCGGUUGGAAAUUCCUGCGACAAUCGCUCACCCGACAUGACGGUCCCGAUACAGACCAUCGAUACGCAAAAGCGGCGUUAGAGACAAUUUUAAGUAUCGACAGGAGCUCGCCGCCGCCGCCGUGGCUGAUCCAAAUAUUGGAGACAAACCAUCCAGAGUCUUUGAUCCGCUUGGCUCUUCGGUACGAAAAUGUCGACGAUGCCGUGUCUUAUUCUCUAUCUAUGCUUAAAAAGUCUGAUGCACAGCUCUCCAGAGAGCCAUCCCGUCACGCCUCGCUGACUUGGCUGCCGUAUGCGCUCUUCGAUCAAGUCAUUGGCGCAGCAUCCGCUCUGCCUAAGGCACCUCCGCUACUUACGCAACUUCAAAACGAGGUUAAUAACCGUUUGAAGCGUGUGCAAAAGCUAAGUCAAAAGUCGGCGUAA